GAACGACAAAGAAGUCAGGCGAAUAAAGAACGUUUUUUUCAAGGUGUUACCUUAUCUCGUACAGGCUGUCUGACAUGGAAUUGUCUGUUGUUUGUUUGACCCCCUAACCUGUCUGUAUUUCAGGAUUAGGAUAUUUAGUGUUUGUUCAGGUGCACCAUAUUCAAAUCGUCAUUAGUGCAGGUAAUAAACAUGUGACAUGCAGACCAGCGGGAGCAGGAGUAUCUCCGUGGCAUGCUGAUCAGCAGUUCUACACAUUACGGAAUUAACGAAGAUGGAGGCUGUAAGUCGGUAUGUCAACCGAGUAUCCUUCUGUGGAUCGGAAACCUCGCACUGUCUACAUGGACUGUCCAGGAAUCUUCACUGCUGACAGGGCCGCAAGAGAACGUUCCAAGUCCCGUCUCUGUGUCACUACCCAUGCAGCAUGCAUCACGAUGAAGGGCAGGGGAAGACAACUGUGGAUGUUAAUGUGCGUGAUUUGUGUAGUGUUGUGCUUCAGUGCCUAUAGUAACAGCGUGGUAUGGAGAACAAUGGGAGCAAACAGAUUCUCCCCGAACGAAGAGUUGUCCGUCGCUGGGGCUCGCAAACUGCUGGAGGAGGAGGAAUGGGGUACAGAAAAGCCGCACCCUCCCGGCACAGACAAGAGACUUCCUCAGUCUAUCAUAUUUGGUGUUCGUAAAUGUGGCACUCGGGCCAUGCUGGAGUUCCUGGGACUCCACCCACAGAUCAGGCCCGCUGACCAUGAGGUACACUACUUUGACGAUGACGUCAAUUACAAUAUGGGGAUAGACUGGUACAAAAGUCAGAUGCCUUACUCCUUCCAUGAUCAAGUCACCAUAGAGAAAAGCCCACGCUAUUUCAUCGCGGAAAAAGUUCCAGAAAGAAUCUCAAACAUGAACAGUUCAAUAAAACUUAUUGUUCUCCUUAGAAAUCCAACUGUGAGAGUAAUAUCCGACUAUACACAGGUGUAUUACAACAAAAAAGCAAAAGGUAAAGCCCACGACAAACUAGAGAACCUGGCAAUCGAUUUGUCUACUGGGGAAGUAAACACUCGCUACAAGGCCGUGCGGAUCAGCAUUUAUCACCAACACUUUGAACGGUGGCUGAAGGUGUUUCGCCCCGACCAGUUCCACAUAGUGGACGGGGAUAACCUCAUAGUUCGUCCAUGGGAGGAGAUCGCACAAGUCGAGGAAUUCUUGGGAUUACCACACAAGAUAACUCGAGAGCAUUUCUACUUUAAUUCGACUCGUGGAUUUUAUUGUAUGAAGUUAGGACAUGAAAAGUGUUUGGGUGCUACAAAGGGGAGGCGGCAUCCCUUCACUGACCCUGUGGCUGUAGAAAAACUAAGGGCUUUCUUUAAGCCACACAAUCAGAUGUUGUUUCAACUGAUCAACAGAACAUUCGACUGGAAGUGAGGGAGAGGUUUGUGGACCUUAACAAAUGGCAGCUCAAUAAUGUGUUAUCUGUUCUCUUCAAAAUGUGCCAAGUUUUUCUUAAAUCAUAUUUCAAUUUCAUAAAACUUAUUUAUUUUUCAUUCCCAAGACAAACUAUUUUUCAUAAAAGUCAUCUUUGUGCUGAGGUAGAAUGUGUGUGUUUUAUACUAAAUCUGGUGUGAUGGUGUGAGAGACAUCAGAUCUGUGCGAUCAACUGUUUAUAUAUAUUACAAAGCUAUCACUAUGCAUGCAGUUAGAGAAGUCACUAUAAUCAGCUUUAAUUAUUGUAAGAUGACGAAAUGCUGGUUGUAUGUGAUUAGAUACAACUUCAAAGACAUCAAGUUGGAGCCUACAUGUACAGGGUUGGGGCUUACAUGUACAGGGUUGGAGCUUACAUGUACAGGGUUGGGGCCUACAUGUACAGGGUUGGGGCCUACAUGUACAGGGUUGGAGCCUACAUGUACAGGGGUUACUGCCUGUACCUCACUCUGCUGCAGGUAUGGUAAAUACCAUAAUAAGGUGUUACUGCCACUCCUAACUUGUAACUGGUUUAUCAAAUUAAGUCAAGGAAAAUUUGUCUUUUGAUGUGUAACCUUGGAUUCACUGUGAGAUGUUUUCGAAACAUUAGUUUUUUUCUUGCUGUUAAAGUAUAAAAGUAUCAUUCCAUUCAUUAAAAGUGCUACAGGCAAGGUAAAGUUACAGUGAUGAAAAGUUCUUGUGUAUCCCACAGUCAGCUACAGUUUAAUAGGUAUUGUUACAGCAAUCAGAAAUCGUACAGUCACUGUGCCGAAAAUCAGAAAUGUUAUAGGCGUCAUUACAGCAAUCAGAAAUCGUACAGUCACUGUGCCGAAAAUCAGAAAAUGUAUAGAUUUCAUUGAAGCAUUCUGAAAUUGACCAGCAUCAUUACAUACAAUCUCUACAGUAAUGAAUACUCCAGUAAUUUGCAAAGAAAAUAUUUUGGAUGACUCUGUCUAUAAACUGACAAGUUUGUAUAUACCAUGCCACUUAAAAUCUUCUUGAAAUAAAAUUCUUUUAAUUAAAAGCAGCAAGUCAAAAAUGUGUUUGAUUCCUAAAUAUAAUGUGGCACUUAAAAUUGUAAGACCCAUGUCUGGAGUCAUGUCAAUAUGAUGUUGAGUGCCUGUAAUAGAACCUAACUCAGUGAUAAUUAUGCAUAUUCUAACUUUCUACUCGAAAAAUUGUAAGAGCUAAAAAAAAUCAUUCAAGACAGCUAAUGAAACUAAUAAAAAAAAAACCAGAUAGAUGUUCAAUUAGCAGAGUUCUAGGGUCGAAAGGACCUUGUGUGACAAAGGUUGUCUAAAGUAUCCUCAGAGUUCUAGGGUCGUAAGGACCUUAUGUGACAAAGGCUGUCUAAAGUAUCCUCAGAGUUCUAGGGUCGUAAAGACCUUGUGUGACCAUGGCUGUCUAAAGUAUCCUCAGAGUUCUAGGGUCGUAAGAACCGUGUGUGACAAAGGCUGUCUAAAGUAUCCUCAGCAAUGAUCAGACCACAAAACCCUGUUAGGUUGUAGUCUGUAUCACACAGAUCAGUGGAAUAAAAGUUAGGCGCUUAUCUUCCUCGCUUUGUUAGGGUUACGAUGAUCUAUGAUUACUGUUGUAAUCAUUGAGAGUAAGUCCCAGUUAUGUGUCUAGCUGUGGUAUAUUGAGACGAGUGUACUGCAUCCCCUGACAGAGGUCGUUCAUGCUUCAAGGUCGCUCUACGUCUAAAUCUUUUAAUGCUUAAUAUUUCACAAAUGUCAUAAUUUUUUUUAUAGUUUUCUUUCCUUGAGAGAAAACAAACAACUUUAUAAAGAAAUGUUGAAGUUUGUUGCUUGAUUAAUGUGGCAUUUGAUUACACUGUCAGGUUUUUGAUCUGGUCGAUAAAUUAUCUCUGUUCAAUGGAAAUUUUUGGGAACUGCCUUCCAAAUCGUUCUAGGUUAUUUUCUUCAAAAGGCUGAAGCAUAGCAGCAUGAAACAUAAAGGAAACUAUCAUCCUUUAACGUCCCGUGACUAACUAUAUGUAAUAAUAUAUUACUUUUCUCACACACAAAAACGGAAUUAAAAAUACAUGAGAGCAUAUUUGUCACAUCAAGAAAUCAUCCAUUUUACAGUCCCUCUGUUUUUACCCCUAAAAUUAAUUUGUUUUUUUAACAGGAAGGUGCCUUUUAAAACGAAUUGAAUUUUUUUUAUUUUAUGUAGAACAGGAAGGAAACAAACCCUGGUCGCUAUCUCGAUAUAUUUUGUCUGGGACAUGACAUGUUUUUCUAAGUAAUGUGAAUUUUGUUGUGAAUUAAGUUUUAACGGUCUAGUUUGAUAAGAAACAGCCUGCCACUGAUAAAUCGUGAAUCUGUGAUAGUUCAGUCAACACUGUACAAGGUGUGUGUUGGAGUUUUUAUAUGGAAAAGAAAAUUUUGCUGUCAACUUUCUUGCUGGUGGUGAAAUGUACAAGCCACUUGAACAAAUAAUUACAGCUGUGUACAAUAAGUCAAAAUCAGCCUCCGAAACUCUGACAGGCUAGGGAGUAAACACAGGAAUAAAGAAUCACACUUCCUAGAUUCAAUAGCGACAUUUACUGAAUAUCUUUUUAUAUAAAGUAAAAUAAUGGUUUGAUUCUAAAAUGAUGACGGUGCUUUCACACAAAUGGUUGAUGGUUUAACUUAGGGUUAAUCGUUUCAAUGGAGGUUUAAUGUCAGUUAACAGAUACGCAAUGUUUCUUUAAAACCCAUUCACCCCUGAAGACACAUAUGAACUCUUCCAAUUCAAAGGUUGGAAUAGUCCAUCUCGAAAUUUCGAGGGUGAACGAGUUAUUAAAAUAAAUGUGUAUUCAGUACAAUUUUGAUUAAAACACUAAAUAAAUCAGCUGUGAAAAUUUGCAGAACUUAAAUGAUUGACAUUUUCUGGUGGCAUUUAUUUCACCGCAGACUAUUCACGCAAGCGGCAUAACAAACAAGUGAGAAAAGGGAUACAUCAUAAAUGAAGACAAUUUGCAUACUAUCCCAGUUGAUGAUCACAGCUUGCCACAGCAGCUAACCAGAACCUCCACUAGUUGGGAAAACUUAGACAUUUUUAUCUUCACAAGAAUCAAAAAAUCAUAAAAUUAUAAUAACAACUCCAAAGUCACGUAACAUUUCAUUUUGAAAAAUGCAAGGCUGGUCAAUUAAAGUGGUAAAAUUGAUGUGUUUUAACAGAACGGGGGACGUGUAUUUGUUAACGUAACAGGAGAUGUCUUAAUGUAACAUUUGCCGGAAAAAAAUUGUGAUGAAUUCCAACGACUUGAUGAAUAUCUCAUUGGUGAUCAGGUAUUUGCGUUAACUUAAAAUUGAAUCAGCAAUAUCAACUGACAAUGAUUUCGACCUCGAGGGAGUUAAUUGUCAGGAGAAUUUAAUUGGAUGUAAAUUGCAUGUCAAAAAAAAGUAAAGGAAUACAGGCCUAAAUGUUGCGAUGAGGUUUAAACUUGACUUGGAUUCAUGCAAAUAUCUUCUAUAACUGUGGUUAGAUUCUGUGUCGUCAGACGACACAGAUCUGAACUUUCAUUUUUCAAACAAUUUAAUUUAUUCUUAAAUGAGAAUAUUUUUUUAAAAAAAAUGAAAUGUUUCAAUCAUUAAAUAAAAAAUAACUCAUUCUUCGAAAAAUGUAUUUGUAACAAACCUAUUAUAGAGACAUUCACUCGGCCCGAGUCUGAUUCCCGCUACUGUUUGGCUUCGGAGGCUGUGGUAGAUGUGUAACCAUGCGUGAAGCAGCCUCGGAGAUACGAUCUUCCUAUGUGUUCAGCUAGAUCUGUUGUCUGAGGUUAUUGUUACCGCUACCAUUAUCUAAUAGAACAACCCCAUUAUGUUUCUCCGAUAGUUUUAAUAGCAUUAACUUAUUGGCUAUUAUUUGGGUCAGAUUAGUUUUACAGUAUUAAUUCUUAUCUAUACAAUAUAAUAGUCUGGGACAAAAGUGAUUUGUCAAGCCUAUUGAAUUUCCUUGUUUACAAGUUAGACAGCAAAUAAUGGCGAAUAAAGAAGAAAAAUACCUGUGCACGGACCAAAUGCUAAUUAUAGUCCAUCAGGGGACGAAGUUCAUUACGUUUUUGUAAACAUCGUCACUGAACAUUAUAUUCUAGUAAUUGUAUUAGCAAGUUUUAUCUGGUGCUUUUACGUGAGAAUUGAUGGGUGACGCCUUGUAAAACGGAGUUGACUUUGUUAAAAUGGGUCACUAAUAGUUUCUAGUUAAGCUAAGAAAUGGAUAUUUUGUGAUAGAAUAAAAAAACUAUGCUACAAUCUUGAUUCAUGACUUUGAACUAAAAGCUUGUUUCACCGUUACAGCCUAUCGGGUUAUCAAUAAAUGUUACUUCAAGGUUUUACAGAAAAAUUGAUCCAAAGCUGACCUUAAGCUCCCCCGUUUCUGACAAGGUUGUUGUCAAAUUGCAAUUUAUACAUUUCUGGAAACAAGAAAGACAGACUUCCUUUAAAAUUGUGAUUUCGCUAGCUUGUAGUUGGUGCUAACCAGGUACCCCACAUGCAGUGGAGUGUAAAAAGGAAGCUUUAUAACAGGCAUAAGAGGUUUUUAAAAGACUUUCUGAGAUAGGUUUUUAUUCCCUGAAACAAACAGCAAAAGUAAAUUGUUAACUGAUAGAAAAGCAUCAUUUCCAACUAGACAAUGGGACGGACGGAUGGUAAAGGUUAGGAUCCUAUCUGUCUAUCAGGUGUUCAGUCCAUUAGUAUACAACACAUUUUGUCUCUAUACAUUUGUCAAUAACAUGAUGAAAGUGAAAAUGCUCCAUCGCUAUUGUCUAUAAAAAAUACCUAUCUUUCUUAGUGCUUUGUUUCCUCGUCAUAAAAACGCUGCCAAACUAACUGUCAGCCAUCGACGAAAGAACCUGUUCAAUAUUUAACACUUUUGAUUCAACGCCUGAAGUUUUGAGAAAUGUUAUUGUUUAGAAUCUGCUUCUAAUGUCAUAACUACAGUACUUGUCUGGUCAUGCUCCGCCAGGAAACGGAAAGAGAAAUGUCAUUAAAAACGUACCAAUGUCAUGGUUUUGGAAAAGGAUAAUAUGGCACUGACUGGAAGCCUCGUUUAUAUAGUAUGGUGUGUUUCCAUACCAAUGGCAGGUGCUGUAAAUGUUCCUAAAAAGUGAAAGAGAGAGAAAAAGGAAAAAAUAGGAAUAAAUAAAACUCAAAAAAAUAAUAAUCUAAAAGGAACAGAAACAAAACAGAUUUUGUUCUUAUAGAUCUUAGAAAGUAGAAAGCACAUCUUUAUGGAAAGAAGGAUAUAUGAGUUGAACUUUUAAGAAGAAAUAUAUUAAAGUAUUAAUGCUAGUAGAAUUUGUGUAACUUUACCGUAGCCGAAUCUACCACUACCAGUCUCAGCAUUCCUAACCUUGUUGACUUUACUUACAAACAACAGUAUCUGUUUUAAACAUUUCUGCGUCUGGGAUCCUAUGCCAAAUAACGAUCCUUUCAGAUAUUUCGUUUCCAUGAGAGCAUCAGGUUUUGCAGUUUGUUGUUUUGAAAAAUAAUUACAAUUCAAUACUCCUUGCCAAAGAAAGCCUCUAUGUUCUUCGUGGCUGGUUAUUGUUUUUGAAAGAGGAGUUUACUUACAUUGUACAUAUGAUAUUUGUGAGUGACACAAGUUUAGAUUUCAGGUGCUUCAGGCCUCCCUAGAUCCACAUCUCAACGAAAAGAUUAAAUUACGAGUGUGUGAAGAUCAUUACAAUAUGAAGAGCAGUUCUCAGUCAGACAAACAUUUGCUCAGAGAGUUGAGGCAUACUUGCAAGAAUGAUCACACGCAUUCAUCAAAAUGUUCUUGACUGAAAUUUCGUUUUGAAGAAUCCCUGAAAUUGAAGUUGGACUACACGUCAAGGUGUCAUUAAAAGAUGUAUGUAUGAUAUGUCAGAUAAUUACUGAAUCUUUCAAAUCAUUGUAAAUUAUGAUUAUUGAAAAUUCUUGCUUAUAACAAAGUAUUGCUAUCAUUUUCCUGCAGCAAGCAAUUUUAAAACAGUUUUAUAAAAUAAUUUUUGGUGAUUAAAUCCUUGUGUCCAGCGGGGUUGGUUAGGAUCUUGUUUUACUGUAGUGUUAAGUGUGGCAGUUGGUCAAAUCAUUUAAGAACACAGAGUGAUGCUACAUUCUACAAAGAUGUAGGUGACACCCAUGUAUUAGCAGGUUGCAUGCACCCCUGUAUUCGCUGACUGAUUGAUUGAUAGAUCGAGUGGUUUUAUGUCAGCUUAAUUCACUACCGAGUAGUUCGGUUAUCCAGCAGACGAAUGCAUUGCUGGUAGUGCCCCUGUAUUUGUAGGUGACUCCCCUGAAUCUGCAGGUAGCACCCCCUGUAUUUGUAGGUGCCCUCCCUGUAUUUGCAGGUGGUGCCCCUGUAUUUGUAGUAGGUGCCCCUGUAUUUGCAGGUAGCACCUCUGUUUUAUAGUUGGUGCCCCUGUACUGUAGGUAGCACCUCUGUUUUAUAGGUGGUGCCCCUGUACUGGAGGUAACACCCCUGUUUUAUAGUUGGUGCCCCUGUACUGUAGGUAACACCUCUGUUUUAUAGGUGGUGCCCCUGUACUGUAGGUAACACCUCUGUUUUACAGUUGGUGCCCCUGUACUGUAGGUAACACCUAUGUUUUAUAGUUGGUGCCCCUGUACUGUAGGUAACACCUCUGUUUUAUAGGUGGUGCCCCUGUACUGUAGGUAACACCCCUGUUUUAUAGUUGGUGCCCCUGUACUGUAGGUAACACCUCUGUUUUAUAGUUGGUGCCCCUGUACUGUAGGUAGCGCCUCUGUUUUAUAGGUGGUGCCCCUGUACUGCAGGUAGCACCUCUGUCUUAUAGUUGGUGCCCCUGUACUGUAGGUAGCGCCUCUGUUUUAUAGGUGGUGCCCCUGUACUGUAGGUCGCACCUCUGUUUUAUAGGUGGUGCCCCUGUAUUUGCAGGUAACACCCUUGUAUACAUGUGGUAUGAGAGGUUCGUGUGUUGUAGAGAGAGGAAGUUUACCUGGCUGGGUGUGUGUACAAUAUUGUUUGUGAGUUUUAUAAGUUUGAGUGUAAUUUGACAUGAAUGAUUACAGUUCAUUGGAGAAAUGUCUGCAUCAGACUUCAUAACUGUAAAUAAAAAUAUCAAUAUGUACUUUUAGAACAAAUAUUGGCUUAAUGUCAGUGUCAAAGGUCGGUCACGGAGGAGACAGCUACUUAUAAACCCAAUGACGUUAAGAUUUAGUCAGAAAUUUAUGCGUUUUCUGUCUGCCUCACUUUAACCUGGGGGAACAUGUGUUUUUUAUGCAGAUGCGUUUCUACAUCAGCUAUCGGCAUCUUGAUUAGUGCAUAGAUAUUGGUGUAUUUUCAUUUCAUGACAUACUCAAAUCAUUUUUAACCUCGAUUAAGAUCUCAUGCUAAAUGAGAUGCUUUACACAGCUAGGAAUUGACAGGGACCACGGAUGAAAUUUCUUACACAGGAAUUGAAAGGGACCACAGAUGAAAUUUCGUACAAAAGUCUAGUCUAAUUCUAAACUAUCUCUUAGUACAACAAAAUGGGGAAAAAAAUUAUUUUGAGGUGGAUAACAGACAUGACUAAUGAUAUUUUUGGCUGGAUUGCUGUAAUGAAAUUCUAGCCUACAAUCUAUCAGUGAAGGAGAUGUGAUAUAUACUUGAGUUCGUGAUAGAACCCAUAUGUUCAGGGUCAGGUGAUGUACAUGUUUUGCAAUGUUUUCACUGUUUUAUAAUUUGGUUUUUAAUUUGAAAUGGAGGAUCCUUGGAUUCCUUGCACACAGAGUGACAGCUGAUCGGACACACCCCUGGGUAAAAUACCACAUGUACAUCCAAAUCUCUGUUACCAUGGUGACAGGCAUAGCAAUACAGUAUUUAUGGGUUGGUGUUUGUAAAUAAUAUCCUUAUCUCUACAAAUUUCAACAUGGAUUUUCAUUUUUUUGCUUUUCUUUUUUUUAUUUUUUACAUUUCCUUAUGUUUUUAAAAAGUUACCAUAUUCUGUCAAUGGAAUUGGUAAAUGGACUUUUUUGUCAAUUUUGGGUGUAUUUGGCGCUAAUUAGACUGUAUAUCUUCAUCUAAUGGCCUUGUUAGAGCUAGAUAGGUUUUUUGGACAUUAAGUAAUCAAGGUUGUUUUUGUUGCUGAAAUCUCAUCAAACUUGAUCAUUUUUAUGUGCGAUGUACCGUUGGCAACACACCAUUAGCCUAACCUAUUGACUAAAGUGUGCUAUGAUUUAGAAUAAAAAACCAAAUGUCCGAAAGAAUGGUUAUUGUAAACUGAAAUUGAGCUGUUACACAAAGAGUCGAGCAAAAUCACUGACUGUACAAUUAAUGGGAUUCCUACAAAACACAUCUGUAUAUCCCUUUAUUCUCCUGGACGCAUAGAAUAAUGGUGAAACACUGGAGAAGAAAGAAAUUUGAAUUCCACUGAUUAAUUUGGUCAUAAAUGAGUCUGUGUUAGCCGGUUAUUAAUAAAUCUUAAGUUUGCUUGACCGUUUAAGUCCAGAAUAAUGAAUAUGUCUCACUGGUUGUGAAUGUGUGCUAGAUAUGUAAAUAAAUUCACCAUUUUGCAUGUAGAUAUAAGCGAUGAGAGGCGGUGAAGUAGAGGAUUUUAAGUGCUUGUUGUUACCUGAUGAGACGAGAAGUGCGCACUGUGUGUAUGGAAAACCUGUCCAUUGUUAUGUAUGUAUAUGAAAUGUACGGCGAAAUGUACAACGUCCAUCAAGCGGAUGUCAUUCUACUGCAAUAAACGACUGAAAUCAG